AUGGCAGCAGAGUUCGCUGAACUCGGCGCUGAAGGUAUUAACUGGGUGACCGACAAAUACUACGAUACGAUCUACGACAACGUCGACGCCCGAAUUCACAAGAAGAAGAGAGCACAGCAAGCGCUGCAGCAGCAACAGCAGCAGCCUGGCGGCCAGCAACAGGGCGGCCAAAAGAAUCAGAGUCGCGGUAACUACGACAACUCUUACAAUCCGCAGCAGCAGAACUAUCAGACCCACCCGCCGCCGCAGUCGAACAGUGGUCGCAGGAGGCAGAAAAAUCGUCUACCGAGUCCAGAAGGCAACGCACCCAACUGGGACAGUCGCAAGGAGAACCAAGACUUUGACCGCGAGAGUGAAGUGAGCGAGCGAGUGAUCCGCGCUUACGAAUCCGAGCGCGACGACCCAAGUCGCAAGGCGGAAAGUGUUCUGUCGAAGCGCGAUCUCAAGAAGCUGAACAGCAGAGACGCCGCGAAGAUGUCGUACGCCAACGGAUACUCGAGCGGCAACCUGCAAGCGCCGUCGGGGUACGAGCGGAGAGCGAACAGCCAGCAGCCACCACGGGGUAGGUAUUACGACGACGACGAUAGCGAUUACGAUGAGCGCUCCGGGCGCAGGUAUCGCGCGAGCGGGCGUGGGUAUGACGAUUAUGACGACGACCGAGGGUAUGGUCGCGAGGUCAUUGAGACGGAGCGUUACCGUGGUCCCGCAAGAGACUACGACGCUCGUCGCACCGGCUACGGCGCGCAAAAGGGCAACGACCCCUACGGCGCCGGCGCAGUGACGCAAUAUCGACGCUCUACACAGAAUGUUGACGACUACCGCUCGCAACGCUCCCGUUCCCGCGGACGUCGUGAUCGUGGCCGCGACAGGUCUCGUUCCUACUCCGACUCACGUUCGCGUUCCCGUUCGCGCUCCCACAGCGGUAUCCGCGGCAAGAUCGACGACACUUUCGACACCAGCGUCAAAGGUCUCGGAGCUGGAAUAGCUGGCGCCGUUGUAGGUGGACUGGCAGGUCGCGAGUUCGGCAACAAGCAUAAGAACCGCGACGCAAUCAUUGGCGCCUUGAUUGGUGGCCUGGGUGCUAACGCAGCGGAGAAUAAAUGGAAAGACUGGCAUGACGAGAAGGAGGAUAAGCUGAGACGGGACGAGGACAAAUGGGAGAACAAGUGGGAUGGGCGCGAUGGACGGAGCAGGAGCGCGAUGAGAUAG